AAUAUUCGAAAACCCCCCAGCGCCAACUCAAUUCUUAUCAAUAUUAAACAAAAAGGUUCGGUGAGUAAUGCCACCGGCUAACCACCAAAGACAGUCAUUAUUCUCCACUCCGUCACUAUUCUUUGCUCUUUUUAUUUUCAACUCUGUCUGGGGUGGGACACACGCACUCAAGCCGUAGCUUUACCAGUCAUAACGGCCGAGGCGAUCGUCAACGUCGAAACGAUAGAAAUAAAAUAACGCUCAAAUAGUAACAAAGAAGAGUCGGACCGGAACGCAGGCCAGAGCAAAAAACACAAAAUUCGCGCCGGUCUCAAUCGAAUAAAAUGAACGAAAAUUAAUGGCAAAAACGAAACAAAACAACAACAUCAAUUCUCCUCACUCGAAAUUAAUUAAAUAAAUAUUCAAUUCAAUUGAAAAAGUCACGUUCGCGAGCUUCCGUUACACCGCAGUGUGGGCAUUAUAGGGAGGAAGCACAAUGGCUUGUUUUUCCUGUGUUUCGAAACAAACCAGUGAUGCCAAGGAGCAGUAUGGCCGGCCAAUGCAAUGUACUCUAGAAUUGGCACCACUAAAUCUAGAUUCUCAGGAAGACAUUAAAGCUGCUCCCAACAACAAUGAAUCGGCACCUUUAACCGAAACAAAGGUGAAAACCUCGAAAAGCGGAAAUACCGUAACAGUAACGAAGAUCACACGUGUUGUAAAUCAAACCCACAACACACGUUUGGCUCGAGGCACCUUUGAAAUCGCAACGCCAAAGACACCGGAAAUCUCUCCUUUCAUCGAAACAAAUGAAGGGGCCACGUCCUCCUCCUCCUCAUCCACACCAUUUACCAAGACCAAAGUUAAGAAAAGUGGCAACACUGUAACCGUGGUAAAAACUACCUAUUCCUCAAAUGUGAUAAAUAAAACAACAACAACACCAAAGACUAUAGUUAUUGGCGGCGAACCGGGACCAUCAGCAUCAAACAACAAUGAACGUGUAUACCGCACAACAGUGGAUCCCAUACCGCCAUCACCUAAAGCUUCAAAACGAAAAUUCUUUAAUCUCAAAGCUAUUUUGAUUCGAAAGAAAAGGUCAACGACGGUGCAAGAAGAAGUGGUGCAGGAAAAUGCCGAGGAUGCGGAAAUUUUGCAACAAAUUUGUUUAGAUAUGCAUAACCGUUUGCGUGCACUGCACGGUGUCAAACCAUUGACAUUGAAUAAAGAGAUGUCGCGUUACGCCAUGGAAUGGGCUAAACACUUGGCAAAGAAGAAUAAAUUCAAACAUCGUGAAAGAAAUAAAUACGGUGAAAAUUUAGCAUUGGGUACCGGCUCCUCGUAUAGCGUGGAAGAUGCUGUCCAGUCAUGGUACGAUGAAAUGGAAUAUUAUGAUUAUAAAAAUCCUGGUUUCUCUGGCAAUACGGGUCACUUUAGUCAAGUGGUGUGGCAGGAAAGUAGCCAGCUGGGAGUUGGCGUGGUCAAGAAAAAUCAACGUACGUGGGUGGUUUGUAACUACGAUCCACCUGGCAAUGUUUUGGGCAAAUUCGAAGACAAUGUGCUACGUCCCAAAGGCAGACAACCAAAGCCACAACCUUCAAGGCUGAUAAUAAAGUCCACGCCAGAAAAUGUUACAAAGACGGAAAGACAAAUAAAGCUACAACCGCCUAAAAGCGAAAACGACAAUAAACCAAGUACAUCACAGGCCUUCAAGAAAAUUGCCAUCGGCAAGCAAGGCAAAUGGUCUAACUUUGAAUUGGAAUGUCUUGAGGAGCACAAUAAACGCAGAGCUUUACAUGGUUGUGAGCCAUUAGUGCUCAAUAGAAAUCUAUGCAAUUUGGCAAAUGACUGGGCAAUUCAUCUGACCAAAACACGCAGCAUGUAUCAUCGUCCGGCCAACGACUAUGGAGAAAAUAUCUAUCAACUUAUAAAUCGGGAUCCAACAGCCGAAGAUGCCGUUAAGGCCUGGUAUGAUGAAAUCAAGAAAUAUAAAUAUAGUAGACCAGGCUUUAGUCCGGCAACGGGACAUUUUACACAAGUUGUGUGGUUGGACACAACAGAAGUGGGUGUGGGAAAAGCCAAAGUUGACAAUAUGACCUUUAUUGUUUGUAACUACAAUCCACCUGGCAAUGUUAUGGGUCAAUAUAAGACUCAAGUACCACCUCUGGGUGGCUUUAAAACUACCAAAAAAGACUCUUCGCAUGACAAUCGGCCAUUACCAUCAGCUGCAACAAAUGAACAUUCCAUUUCGAAUAAAAAACCUGGAUUCUUUUCGAGUUUGCUUAAAACGAAAAAGUCAAGCAUAUCCUAAGAAGUAUUACCUUAAGAUCUUGCACUCGCAGGAGAUUUGUACUGAUUUCAUAAGUAUUUGUAUACGUAUUCUAUAAAAGUAUUUGUAAUUUAAUUACAAAUUAAAACAUAUAUAUUCCUACAAUAUUCCUAUAUAAUCGAAUUAUACACUUUUUGUAAAAAUAUAUUGUUUAAUACAUAUUUAAAUAUAUUUUUCUUUUUUUUCGAUAAUUCUAAAGUAUAAGAAUCGAAAGAUUUACUAUUUUAUGAA